AUGGAUACAGCCUUUGGUUUAGAUGAAAACGCUCUUCAGUGGUGUAACGGAAAUUAUGAGCUGGUUUACUCAUGUUUAAAACAUCUAAGAAGAUUUUCAAAAAGGAAGGGUCCCAAGACUAAAACAGAAGAUAAUUACAAACCAGGCUUCUUUUACAAGUUCUGGAAUAAAUGUUUACCAAAACAUUUAGUAAAGGAAAAUGAUUUGAAGGAGAGUGAAUCAGAUGAGUUGACUGAGUCAGAUGAAGACUUUGAAGAUUUGUGUGAUCCAAGCAAUGAUGUGAAUUUGAAAACUAAUUUAGCAACUCUAAAAAUCGCAAUAAUUGAUUGUAUGACAAAAGGAGAUUUCCAUAGACCAAGAUUAGUACCAAAAAGAAGAUUAAAUGUUACUAGAGAACAACUUUCACAAUAUGUAAGUACAAGGUUUAAGGAUUUACUGGAAAAUUUGGAUAAGAUUGAAGAUUUCAGUAAAAUAUGUAAUGUGGAUCAGUUUCUAUGCUCUGAAUUGUUGUACGAAGGCUUGUUCUACUAUGGAGUCAACGAUAGCCAGCAUAUGCCAGAGUUCACAAUAAUAGAGAACAUGCUCUUCAGACAAACAUUAUUCCAGCUCAGGAGUAUCAUAUCGCUCUUCUCAUUUACAAACGUAGAAUAUAAAGAUAAGUUUGAACCAGACGAAGUGUUCCCAGAAGCAAUUGAUAUUUUAAAAAACUUGACUGAUAGAGGCUUAGUUAGGAACCUAUUCAUCCUACUUUUGUCCUCAAUUGAUGUAACCAAUAAAUUUUACGAAUAUAAAUCAGGAAAGGCACCAGAACAUCAACUAAGCAUUAAUAGAGAUCCAAUGAUCCGUGAUAAACCAGAUUAUGAGCUUGUGUUUAAGCAUAACUCUUUGUACCUGAACACACUCUUUGAGUUGUUGUCCUCUUACUAUAUGGUCUUCUCACCAAUGGAAAGUGAUUUGAAGUAUUUGGUCUCAUUUAUGCCUCACGUGUUUGAUUUUACAAAGAUGUUCAACUUUCCAGAGUUUGGAAAUAGCCUGAUGAUGCUUUUUGAAAAUUAUACAGGGGAUGAUAUUAGUGGGUUUUAUCCAAAAUCACCUAGAUCAGUCAUGGUGUGGAUAACAACAAGGGAUCUCGAUCGACUCACAGACAACAAAAUGACGUGGAAAUUAUGUAAUCUACUCAUUGUCAUGUUGAAUACAAACAUUAAAAGAAUAGACCAGAACCUUAAUUUAUCUUUUUUGGAUGAAAAGUAUCUUGGAAUUUUUAAAAAGGAUCCAGAACUGUUGUUCUUCAGAGGUUCACUUUGUCAAAAUUUGACACCAGAAAUUGUAAAUAUGAAAUCGGAAAAUGUACAGAAUUUGAAAGUUGGUUCAAAUCUCAAGUUUAAUUAUCCAAACGUAGAUGAGAAUAAACUUAAAUUGGAAAGGUUUGAUUCAAAAAAGAUCAAGGAGCUUGAAGAGACGAGGGAGUUGUAUUCAGAAGUUGAGUUGGUCCUUGAUUUUGUUGUUUACGGAGUGUAUUCUAAAGAUAAAGAUAAGAUACUGGAAGGCUUUAGCAGUAACGUGCUCUGGGUGUUCUUGAAAGUGUACGAACAAUUUCUUGAAAAUAGGGAAAAGUUCGAUAUAGGUUAUUUGCAGAUAUACACGAAGUUGCUCAGGUUUACGUUUUCGAGUCUUUUCACACAAGGAGAAGCUCUGAGUAAGACAUGGUAUGACUUGAUAAACUACGAAAUCAUGUGUAAACGUAAAUUGGAGGAGUUGUCAAGACAAGUGGUUGAAGAUGAAGUUAAUACAGCGAUUUUUAGAGACCCAGGAACAACUUUGAUAAAUGUGCUCCAGCUAUUUUCAAAGAUUUACACUGAAAGAGAUGCAGAGUUUCUAUUCAAGGUGUACAAGAGCGUAGUUGAGUCUUACAAGUGCCUAAUCCCAGACAAAAGCUCACUAUUAUUCAUACAUAAUCACAAAAAUUAUAAUUAUGAGUAUUUCAGGGUGAAAUCUUCCACAUCAAAUUAUAAAUUAAUGGAUUUCAGAUAUUUUAGUGAACUACAAAAUCAACUACAAGGUCAACUUAAUACCAAAUUACCUAGUUCCUAUAAAAUGUAUAAGUUACAUCACUACGAAGUGUAUAAAUCAGAUGAAGUUGGUAAGGAUAUGAUAAGUUUGAAUUCAAAAGAUUUGGAACAUUUGUUACUAUUUCCAAAUAGAGGAUUUAGUUGGUAUGAUAGAAACACCGCACUUUUAGAGCUAGUUUCAGCGGCAUGUAAUAACAGAAGCAUUUUUGUGGAAACGUACCCUAAGUUGAUGAUAGCUUUGUUAGAGUUCUCAGUGUUUUUAGCAGGAUUCCAAAAGGUUUCAGACCAGCUUGUGACAUUUUUAAAUUCAGGGUUCAGUACCGAUAUGCAGUUCCCAUACCUUUUACAGAGAGUAGUAACUCAGUUGAGAAGUUUAAACCGAGGAGAUUUCGACCUACUAUACGAGCUUGUAUAUCAGCAAAUCAUAGCGAGAGAUGAUCGAAUUGAAAGUUCAGAAGAGGCACUCAAGAUUAAUACAACAGUGACUAGUGAAAUUAUAAACUCAGCAUACACUCCAACAUUUGAAGAUACAACAUCAUAUCUAAAAGACUAUUUUAAAUCGCAACAUUCUUUAAGUCCGUCAACACAUCUAGUUGACAACACCACAGUGAAGUAUAGAGAAGAUUAUUUAAAAGACGUUGAAAAAUAUAGAAUCAAGGGCUUGAAACAGGAGAAUUUAUUCAAGGGGACAAAAGUUGAACAUCAUUUGUGUUCAAGGUUAUAUACAUUCCCACUAGUGAAUACACCGAAAGAAGUUAGAAAAGCGUUGAGUAAUUUGGGAUUGGGGACCUCAAUACCGUUCGGUUUAAUAGAAGUGUCUUCAUUGGUUUUCAAGCUAGUGGUAACAUUAGACCCACUGUUGUCAAAUGCAGACUUAAAUCACAAAAUGCAGUUAAUAAAAGGUAAUCAGAAUGGUAAUAGUGGUAAGAAUAAGGACUGGAGAAAGGGAUUUGAGAUGGAAAAUAUAUUAAACGUAAAGUUUGGAAAUCAUACGUAUCUGGAUGUACUCUUUAACAUACUGUCAAAUCCAUACGUGGAUGGAACUGAGUUGCUGGUAGGAAGUAUAUUGAGAAGUAUAGCGUCAGUACAUGUUACAGACCACAAAUCAUGUAAACUUUCACUGGUAAAACUAACGCAAUUACUCCAAGAACCAUCAAGCACACUUGGUAGGAAACUUAAUUAUUAUGAGUUGUCUAAUUUAAUGUACUGCGUUACUUCACUGACAUUAUACCUGCCAUUCAAGGAUAGGUAUUCAGUGUACGAGGAUUACGAUUAUUUGUUUGAGCUGACAAAGUAUACUAUUUUUAUGUUGGAUACUGUGACGUCAAGUUACAAGGGAGAUAAACAAAUGAUUGGAAACGGAAAUUCACUUGAAAAUGGUACUAGAACAAGUCGCAACUACACAUUGGUGAUUGAUACGAUGAGUGAAGUUACAAGUUACCCAGAACUGGAUUAUUAUGCAAUGCUGGACAACGUGUUCAACUUCAUGCUAAUAGUGUCCAAGGGGCCAUUGGGGCUGUUAAACAAGUCGAAAGCAACACAAUAUCUGUAUGAGCAAAUUCUACUCCCAGGUAGUUCAGUAACAUAUUUGUUAGUAAAGUGUGCAACGGAAGCAAAACUGACGACAGCAGUAUCUUUAGUAUGCAAUGUGUUCAAAAGGGAUUUCAUAGUAAUGUCGCUGCACAAAAUCUCGAAAUUUAACCUUGAAAAUAAGUGUCCAAAUUGUAAGUCUACAUGUGGUCAGGAGCAAUUGGUUCACAAAAACGUAGAGAGUAAAAAUACUAAAAAGUUCACAUGGUUUUUGAAUAAAAUACAGCUCCUGCAAGGGAAUGGUGAUGGUAAAUAUGAAGUUAAGAGUAUCCAGAAAAGAUCAGGAUGUGAUGUGUGCAAUAACAUAGAUUUUAAUCAGAGACCACUAUCACUAUUGAUGGCACACGAAGCAUUUUUAGAUGGGUUAUCGUCUUAUUCACCUGAUUUAAAGUGUGAUUUCGUGGGAAACCUAUCGACUAGAGACACCGAGUUGAGGAUUAAGACAUUGUACAUUUUACUCCAGUUUAUGAAUAGGAACUGCAGUUUGUAUCUGAAUAACAAGUUGCUCACAAGGUUCAAGUGUUAUUUGAAUAAAGCUACGUUUGAUUUAUACAGCACAGAUAACUUUGCCAAGUCGAGAGAAAGGGAAUUUUACUACGUGAUCAACGACACUGAUAUGGAAAGGGAAGAUUUAAUGUUGUACAAUAAGAUUAAAAAAUUGGUUCAAGUAGACUAUGAUCAGAUCUCGUCAUUUUCAAACCUGAGACAUAUGAACACGUGUACAUUCAAGACAAUGGUGACGUACUUCUUUUCCCUAGACCCAGAACUACAAUUCAAGGUUGUUGACGAUAGGUUAUUUUCGGCUAUGGUGAAGUCAUGCAGACAGAAUUGGGAGGAAAAUAGCUGGCACAAGGUGUAUAUGCUCUCAAUAAUACUGAACCUAGUCUCGAAGAAACAUUACUCCAAGCUUUUACUGCUCACCUGGCCCUCGAUAUUUGAGGACACAAAUAACAUCAAGUUUGAAAGAAAUAGUUAUAAUUAUAACAUCAUACAGUAUUCAAAAUUGGCAUACAUGGUUGAGAUUAUAACGACCUACUCUGGUAUUUUGAAUAAAAUACACAAAACAAAUGCUGAGCGAGAUACUGGGUUUCUAAAGGAAGAGAGUGUAAAAUAUGUUUUGGAGGAUUAUGGAACUGAUGAGACAAUGGAUCAAAGCCAAAAGGAGAACGAGGAAAUCAUGUGUUUAUUGGAGCGAGUAGAUUUAGAUUACACCAAUUUGGUAAAUGAACUAAUUGAUAAUUUCUGCGAAUACGAGAAAGUGUUGUAUGAAAAUUUGCUAGAUCGCAUGGAGAAAUUUGAUGUUACGAGUUUGAAGAGAAUUUGGAACGUCAAUUCAUACCCUGUCCACAACAACGAGUUGGUAACAAGACUACUAUCACAAAAUUCACCUGAAGAUGAAGAGUACUCGACAUUGGUGGAAAUGUAUAACAGUUACAUGAUGGCAUUUUCAUUUCUGUUUGAAAAGUUGCUUAAAAUGUAUGAAAGGUUAGAAAUUCUCAAGUUUGAUGUUGUUUUCGACUACAUGGAGGGCCGUGAAAGAGAGUACGAGAUCAAGUUUAUGUUACAACUGAGUGUUGUGAAGAGAUUGUAUGCUAAUAAAGAUUUCAACGUGGUUGUGAAUGUCCUAAUACAGCUAGUGAAUUAUUUAUUGCAAACUGAUAAUCAUCCAAUUCUAAAGGCUAAGAUAUAUAAUGUGAUAAACUACUUUAUCAACAUAACACCUUUCAGUAGUUUUUACAAAAAUUUCAAGAAUAAUUUACAAGAUGUGGAUAAAUUUGGUAAUAUUGGAAGAGUUGGGAUGGGAGAUAAUAUAAUGAAGAUGCUAAUUUCACACUUAUCACAUCAGAGUAAUAGGAAAAUGAUAUUGAACAUGUUAUUUGAAGAUUCAACUAGAAAUUAUUCAGUUUAUCACGAUAUUGAAGUCUUGGGGCAUAUUUUCACAUGUUAUAAAUCAGUUGGUGUUAAUACUAGUAUGGAAUAUAGAAAUGUAAGGGAACUCGAUGCAGUAGAGAAUUUUAAUCAGGAUUAUGAAAUGGAAUCUGAAAAUUUCAAAGAGGAUGUAAAAUAUUAUAGAUUUAGAUGUAUUGAAAGUUUAUACUUUUCACUGGAAAAGAGUAGUCCGAAUUGUACAGUUGAGGCCUUGAAGUUGUUAUCAUCACUGAUUAGAGGAUUAGGAACAUUUGAAGCUAACAAGGUGGAGUUUGAUAGUGGCACUCUGGAAUAUGGACUUGUGGGUACAAUCAGUGUUGAGAAUCUGAAGGAUCUGGUGACAAGUAGGCUCAUGGUUAACUUUUACCUAUGCAAUGAAUGUAUAUUAAACACGCCAUGUAUGCUUUGUAUGGAACUUUUAAUGGGAGCACUAAACGUACUAAAUAGUGUCUGCACAUUGCAUCAAUUUAAUUCAUUCUGGUUCAGCAUCAAGGUGAACGAAAAUGAAAACCUCUCUGACAUGUUCCUCAAGUGUACAUUUUUAUCAGUAUUUAGUAAUAAAACUGCAGGCUUACUUCUACCAACCAUGUUCAUCCUGGAACAUUUGUUGUCGACCACCUCAAUCAAGACUAGGAACGCCAUUAUCACAUGGCUCAACCAGUAUUCUGACAUAUUGUUAUCACACGCAACUUCACUCCUGAGUCCAGAUAUCAAAUUGGAUCAGGAAGACCAAAGUGAUGACGAGGAUGAAGGAACAGUUUACAUUUGUUGUCUAUUGAGAAUUUACAGAAUAACAUUCCUGUGGCUGUUGUCAGAUUACAGAGCAAUUAACAGAUACAAGGAUAAUUUUUCGCUAAUUUUGGCAGAUGUACACUGCAAAUUCCCGCUAGCCUCAUCAAUACCAAAGUUAGUCCCAAGUCUUCUUAAUCACUUCUCAAGCCAUUUAGAUUCAAGCCUGAAUUGGCUUGCAGUACUUUUAUGUCUACAGACGUUUUUUCCAGAGCUGGGAGCCUUUGAAAUGAACCUCAAUUUCACAUCUCAUGUGCCCAUCAAAACAAGAGCACUUGAACUAGUUAAGUUACUCUUCCAAGUCAUGCUCAAAUGUUCAGAGCAGCUCCUAAGAUUCCUCAAAUAUUAUUCGAACUACAUAAAUUACACAAGCUCAUUUUUAAAAAAUGCUUCCGCAGUUGACAAGUUUAACUCAGUUGAGGAUGGACUAAAUUUAGGGUUGGAUGAUAGGUUGAGUGGGAUGUUGAUGUUGAAGGUUGUGACACUGGACUGUUGUGUGAUAUUGCUAGAGUACAUUUUGUCGUUAGUAAGCUUACCAAAUGCAGUAGGGUUGAAUGAGAAUUCACCGGAAGUGAGUAUGUUUAACCCGGGAACGUCACUGAAGUUGGAAAAUACAGAGGAAAUCAGAAAAGUAAUUGAAAAAUUAGCCAAGGUUUGCACAGCAAACGGAGGCUCAGUACCAUCGCAACCAAGAGUAAACUCAGUAGAGUUUCUAAAUCCACAACAAUUGGAGCAAGUCCCAUCAUUUGUCAAGCAAUUUAACUAUACACAUAAAACACUCUUUACAACAUUAUUGACAAGCCUCUUGAACUUAGAUUCAAUACUAGGAAUCUAUACAUGA